AUGACUUUUUCUGAGUUAGAAGACGCUCUUCGACCGACCGAUGACGCGUUCAAGGCAUUCUACGAACGGGGUUACCGGACUUGGUACAAGUUAUGGGCUGACGCCGUCGGCGAUUGCACCCUCCCAUCAACAUGUCUGGAAUGGGAGCACCGUUUCCCUCAGCAUCCAUUUCUUCCUGUCGGUCUGGAUCCAGACAAUUCCGGGCUUGUGACCGCAAAAUCUACCUGGCUAUCCUCUGAAGGGGAUUGCAGUAACCCUCCAUUCGAGCAGACCUUCCAGAUGGCGGCAACAAUCGGGAAACCAACAUCAAUCGUUCUUUCAGAUGACCCGAAUCUAUCGCUCUUCGAAUGGUUUGGCAAGGAUGACGGCCAUCUUGUGAUCCUAAUAUUCGCCUGGGCAUACGCCCUGUCCGCACGGUGGGCUGAGAUCAUCCCUCGAGCGUCUCGGAUGGAAUACACCACGAGUCAGGCCCCUUGGGCAGUCUACGCAGUCUCCGACGAAGCUGCCGACAAUAGUAAACCUAUGGUGGUUGAGCUGGGAAAGUUGACCGGCGAGGCAGCUCGAUGGUGGGCAGCCGUCCUCGCGCCGGGGGAGGGCUGGAAGGUAGCCAUACCUCAUGAGCGAUGGCGACUUCUUUCGCCCUGGAGCGUCACAAAGGAGUUCGGCAGCAUCAACAUUUUGCUAACUAGUUCUUCGAGCCAUAUGAGCUCCCAUCCACCGACCCCGGCAUCUUUUAGAAUGGCAUUGAACGCUGACGCACAGAGCCGGGCAGCACUAGCCGCCGCACUACUUCUCCCCCUAGCCGCACUGGACAACAGAAAAGUACUACUUCAUGCACCCCGAGGACUCUGCAGGCUACCAGCAGAUGACCUCUGCCAACUUGACAGACUCCUAACCCUAAGCAUCAACGCUCACGGUAUGAAAGCCAUUCUAGGCAGUGUCUUUUACGAGCCUGGCAUACCAGCCAACGCCUGCGGGGCAUGGUUGCAAGGCACCAUGGCGGUGCUGAAAUCGAAAGGAACCGGCAACCUACACGUCUUGGCUCGCAUGUUCUUUGAUCGAAGUCCUCAUAUUUCGUAUCUCUGGCUUGGAGGGAUUAUUACAGGUGCACACAGGCACUUCCUACGGCACAUCUCCGGUCUCCUUGGCCUUAACAAUAUUGACCUUCAGGCGGGGGCUUGGACCGGUACCCUUUUGUCCUUCAUUCAGGAACCGGUCCAAGAACCGCCUCGAGAUUUCCCUCCAAUAUACCCAUAUCCCCCCCUUGGAGAUACGGAUAUCAGAGACACCGACCUUGGCGUCCAGCUUCACGCACAUUGCCCGGGUAAUCACGGUCUUCAGUUCUUGUCUGUCACAUGGGAUUGCGUUGGAGGCAGAAAGGACAUACAAACAACAGGAUCCACGUCUGUAGUGUCUAGGGAUUACGUUAUGGACAGCGAGCAGGAUGAAGAUAAAGAUCUUUCAGAGGGAGUCACGAGAAAUCUGUUCUCCUGGAUGCGAGACAUGGAUGGGUUCGCUGUUGCAGAGCGAGACAUCUAUCGUCACGAAUGGAUUGACGCUUUUGACUCGGACGACGAGAGCGUUCACCCGGAGGGAGAUGGUCGUUCGACAACGGGUCUGAACAUGGAUGCGCAGAUGGGGCGUUGGAUGGCAAGUACCCUGACCAGACGUUGCAACUCGAUAUAA